GAUACCUCACCACCUCAUAGUCACAGUGUACCGCGCUCCUGUGUCCGAGUCAGUAUCUGUGCGCUUCAGUGAGGUACGCCCCGCGAUAUGUGUUGAGUGACCACCGCUUCUUUAUCUCUUUCUGGAUACUAUCUAUACUGUACCAUGUUGAUAACGUGGUUGCUAGUGGUGGGCCUUGCUGUUGCUGCCAGUGGAGACGGCUGUGGUCGUGUGUAUCGGGAGUUGAGGUACCCUUGCCGUUGCUAUGAGCUGCAAGAGGGGGAUCUAGCCUUGAACUGCGACAGGGUUGUCUUUCCGGGAGACUUUCCUGCCCUUCCCUACCGAGCACCUGUAGUGUCUUUCUCUCAGAGAUGGGUGGGCCACCAGAAUCUGCCCACACAGGCGUUCGCCCAAGCGGGCAUGCCCCUACGGAUACUGGACUUCUCUGGAAACUCCUUGAGACGACUGACGGAACGGUUGCUAGCAGGGUUACAGGACACCUUGCAGGAAUUGCUGCUAGCAGACAACCUCCUGGGUGACAGCCUUAAUCCAAUCUUCAGCAGUAACGAACUGCAUGGACUGACCCAACUGAGAGUUCUCAACUUGGCUGGCAAUCAAAUCAAGGGCAUUGAGGAGGGUCUGCUCAAGGGAUGUGAUAACUUAAUGGAGUUGUGGCUAGAUCGCAACAGUCUUACAUCAAUCCCAAGCACUUCACUCAAUGGUCCAACAUCGCUGAGGCUCCUCUCCCUCAGGGACAAUCGAAUCAACUCAAUUCCUGAAGGAGCUUUUGUAUCACAACAGAGCCUGGAAAGGCUGGACUUGUAUGGCAAUAGACUGACUGUCAUCGAGGGUGGAGCUUUCCGUAGUCUUGUUAAUCUACGCAAACUGAACCUGGGCCACAACAGACUGCGCAAACUUAACAGUGAUGUUUUCUUGGGUGCAGAAAAUGUGGAUUCUUUGGAUUUAUCUGAGAACUUCCUUUCAGAACUUCCCACUGUCGCCCUAAAAAUAUUCAUUGGACUACGACAUCUAAACUUAUCCUCAAAUUUAAUUGAGAAACUGGAUGAUGCUAAUCUUGCAACAGUGACAGACCUUGAAUCCCUAGACCUCAGCAGGAACAACAUUGCUAAUAUUGCUCCUGGAACUUUCCUUGGCUUACGUAAACUUAAACAUCUUGACAUUAGUGUCAACACUCUCAGAACAGUGGAAGAUGAUGCCUUUGAGGGUCUGGACAGUCUGCAGACUUUGUCACUUCAGGAUAAUAACAUCCUAUUGGUGCCUGCGAGUGCGCUGGGACGUUUGCCACGACUCACUCAACUGCGGCUGGGCCACAACCGUGUAGCUGCACUGUCUGUUGACAUUCUGCGUGCAGUUGCUGAUAGAGUCACACAUCUAGGUCUCAGCAGGAAUGUUGUCCGAGAACUACCUACAGAUGCAUUUCAGGAUUUCAAGCAGUUACAAUCACUGGACCUCAGCGGAAAUCUGCUUCUGUCCAUUGAAUCCCCGACAUUUUCUGGCCUCGAAGAAACAUUGGAAAUUCUGAAUAUGAGGGGAAAUCGUAUUUCUUCUCUACCAUUCAAGCCACUGUCACUACCAAAUUUGAGGAGCCUCGAUUUAUCUAACAAUUUGAUAACUGAAAUUCCAAGGCCAUCGUUUUCUAUGGUUCCUUCACUUACUCACCUUAACCUUAGUAGGAACCCACAGCUUGGAGCAAUUCCAUCCACAGCUUUCCAUCCCUUGACUAAUCUCAAGGUUCUUGAUUUAAGUCACACUGCAUUAAAAGCCCUAAGCCCUGAGCUUUUGAUGCGGUCAACAUCUCUAAAAUGGAUUUCAUUGGCUGACAAUUUGAUUCAAGAUAUUACGGAAUCUGUUUUUCAGAACCUAGCAAAUCUUACGCUCUUAGACCUAUCUAAUAAUCAUAUCAGUAACAUUCGAACAGGGUCUUUCUCUCAACUUACACAACUUAGGAAGUUAAAUUUAAAUGGCAACAGACUGACUUCUUUUAAAGGUGAGUUGUUUGUUACAAGAAGGAGUAAUGGAACACUUCUUGAAGAACUCAAUUUAGAUAACAAUGAACUGAGUUAUUUGUUUCCAUCAUCGUUUCGGGUACAUCCCCGAUUAAAAAUACUUUCUGCAGCAAAAAAUAAAUUUAAUUUCUUCCCAGCCGAGCUUAUACUUACUUUGAAUUUUCUUCAGGAAAUAGAUCUCAGCUUUAAUUUGCUUAAAGGGCUGGAAGAGUUUGAUUUUGGUAGGUUGCCAAGAUUACAAAUUUUGAAGUUAAAUCAUAAUCAGCUAGAAUCAAUAAGUGAAACUGCUUUCCACAAUUCUACUCAGCUUCAAGUUAUUGACCUGGCUGGAAACAAAUUAGAACGACUUGGAGAGAGAACUUUUCAAGGAUUAGGAAGGCUAAAGCUUCUAGAUUUGAAAGAUAACUUGUUAUCAGAACUACCAGAAUCAAUUUUUGAAAGAUCAAGAUUACGAAUGCUAGAAAAUAUUGAUUUGUCAGGAAACCUUUUUGAAACUGCACCACUCAAGACACUGCAGCGUCAGUACUUCUUUUUAAUGUCAGUGGAUUUAUCUAGAAACAAAUUGAGAGAAAUACCACCAGAUGACAGCAUAAUGGUUAAUAUAAAACGUUUGGAUUUAUCAUUUAACCCACUUUCACAAGAUGCAAUAACCAAUGUUCUAGGAGAGCCAAAAACUGUGAGAGAACUCAAUAUGGCAGGAACAGGAAUCAACCACGUACCUGUCUUAGAAACACCAUUUUUGCAUCAUCUUAACUUGUCCCAUAACAACAUUGCUGAUUUGCCAGGAAAAGCAUUUGAAAGACCAACAUUGCUUGAAAUACUUGACUUGUCACACAAUAAAAUAUCUGACAUAAGUGGAUCUUUAAGUCAAGUUUGGUCAAAACUUAAAAAUCUUCAAGCGCUUGACCUUUCUUCAAACCCAAUCAAAAGUGUAGUUCAGGGAGAUUUAGAUGAUUUGCAAUCUUUGUGUAAAUUGAAAAUAUCGAUGCUGGAAGAAUGCACUCGAUUAGAGAAGAUGGCUUUUCGUAAACUAGGCAAUCUUGCUGAACUGGAAGCUUAUGGAUAUCCCAAACUAGGGUAUCUGGAUGUGACAGGUCUACUUCACAGUUUACCAGCUCUAGAAGCAUUGGAUGUUGAAGUAAAGGAUUCUGCAAUAGGAAGUGAUCAACUGUCAGCAGCCAUGAAUCCAAGAUUAGCUAAGUUAGGAAUUAGAGGAUCAAGAGUACAAAGCAUUUCUUCAGGAGCAUUAGCAGGAUUAAAAUCCCCAGAAAUAUCUGUAGAGUUAAAAAAUACUUCAUUAAAUACAUUACCACCUGCACUAUUGAUUCCUCUCCCGAGGUCAUCAAAAGUAAAACUGGACAUAACUGGAAGCCAGCUGACAACUUUGACCCCGCAAUUUCUGUCUGCUUUAGAUGACCGUAGAGGAGACCUGACUCUUAUUGGGCUUUCUUCUAACCCAAUUCUCUGUGAUUGUGGUGUACGAGCAUUGAGAAGAUCAUCUUUAGCACAAGGAAUUAACUGCACUUCACCAGCUAACCUUGUAGGAAGGAUCCUUAUAGAAAUUGCUGAUGAUGAACUGACUUGUGACCCUCAUCGACCUACGACAACUACUCGAGCACCCAUCACAAUAUUGAAGACAAGCCGAACAACUCCAAGAAUUACAACUGAACCAGAAAUUAUAUGGUCUCUUCCCCCUACCACUAUGGCCAACAACAAAAUCCUGGUGACAAAUAAGGCACCAAGCUCAGUUAUGAACACUAUCAACAAUGAUGACAAAUUGAUUAUCAGUAUUGUGGGUGGUGUUGUGGCUUUUAUCUUGGUUCUCAUCAUAAUAAUAUGUGUGGUUAGAUUAAGAUGGAGUGACAACCAGUAUCGUGGAGGUCCUCUUGCAACCGUACCAUCUUUGAUGCAACCUCACUGCAACAAUCCAGCUUGUCCAUGCCCUAAAAUGCCAAUUUAUUCUAUACCUCCCAUGUAUGCACCAAACCCAGGAUACGCAACUACUUUACCUCACAAGAUGGGACCACCUUCUUCCAUCUCUCCUGCAUUAAGAGCAUCCUAUUCUACACUGGGCAGAGUUCAAAAUCAGCCCUUUUACGUGUCAUUUCCCCACGAUGAAAAGGAAAUGAGUUUGCGGUAACAACAUGAAUGAGGAAACAUUUGUAGCACAUUUCCAAUAGAAAUACUUAGUGAUAGUUUAUAAUAAUACAAUUAUACUUUGGUCUAAUACAAAACCAAAAGUUGUAAAGGGCAUACAAUUAUUAAUUGAUACUUUAUAAAAGCUAAAAAGUUUGCUCAAACGAUAAGUUUAUAUUUGGUUACAUACAGAGUUUCAAUGAAGCCUUAAGACAAUUUAAAGUCUUCUGUCUAAACAAUGAAAGUUAAAAUUUUGAAACUUUGUGCAUCAUUGUUAAUAUAGGUCUAUUAUUUAGGUUUGAAUAAAUAAUAAUAAUAAUGAAAGCCAAGGAUUAUUACUAAUGUAAAGGAAAAUCAGCAGACUUACUUUGAAAACUUCCUUCUUGGGUUGACUGAUUUGAAAGAAAUACAUAAACGCACAUAUAUUUAAAUAUUUUUCAUUGCACUGCAGUAUUUCUCAAUCAGUAAAAAGCUUUCCAGAUGUCUGUUCACUUUGGGUUGCAGAGUCAAUGUGAGGAGUAGGGUUGCCAGCUCACUUUUUAUAGACACUGUUACUACUGUGUAACUGUUGAUACUGUAUUGAGUACUAUACUCUCUCUAUAUAAUAACCUGUUAACCUGCUAAAGGGAGUGCAUAAAGAGACUUAUCUCAGGUUUAGGUUUGGAGGAUUUCUUGAUUUUUGCUCUUGACAAAAUUUAAAAUGAUAUGAUACUCAGUGAAGCUGUUGUAUAUGAUUUUCUCCUGUGUCUUCGUUAGAAUUCCUCCUGUGGUAAUAGGAGACCACUAUAACAAAUUCAGUUGUUUAUUUUUCAUAGUGGAAAAAUAUUAAUACAACUUUAUAAUUAUAUAGUUUAAAUUUAUAUGUAUUAUAUGGUUAAACUAUAAAACUAAACUAGAUGCAUUGGCCAUCAGUGUUUUUGAAACAUAACCACUGAAAAUACAUUUUAAAUAAAUGAUAAUGUUUUGCCUACACACACACACACACACUCACACUUUAAUAUAUAUAUAU